GUAUGCCUAAGAUCGCUGCCUCUAGGAGCUCGGUUUUGGUGGGCGCGGACUCUGAUCAGGCCCUGUUGAGAGCGGUGCUAUUGAUGCCACGCCCCCACGUCCUCUCUGACUGGCUGUGAUGCGUCACAUAGCCAGAGGAGACUCGCCGGAAAACUGUGAGCUUGCCUGAGCAAGGAGGUAUGCGUCUUCCGGCUUCUACAGCCACUUCCCACGGAAGCUGGGGGAGCCGCCCUCUCAACUAUCUCCCGUCACACCCUUCCGUUCGCUCGCCUCAGACGCUGCCCCUCCACAUUCGCGCUCUGGUUCGCGCCUACUUGGGGACGCUGUCCCCCCGGUACUCACUGCCCUACCCCCUCCCACCCAUCUAAAAUGUCUAAUCGUCUCCAGAACGUCUUUCUGAAAACCGCAGAGGAAAAGUCAGGCUCGCACUGUAUUUCAGGGUGCAUGUACCAAGUAGUUCCUACGAUUGGCACCGAUGGAAAAAACCUUCUGCAAUUACUUCCAAUUCCUAAAUCUUCUGGAAGUCUUAUCCCAGUAGUUCAAUCUCCAGUCAUGUCUCACGGUUUGAAAGGGAAUACUGAGAAACCAGUUCAAGUUACUUUUCAAACUCAGAUUUCCAGCUCUUCCACAAAUGCAUCCGUUCAGUUGCCUGUUUUUCAGCCAGCCAAUACUACAAAAUGUUUUUUUACAGGAGCAAUAGAUACAACAGGAAAAGAUAGACUUACUUCUGUGGGGACUGGAAAUUUUACACCACCAAUUUCUAACAUUCAGAAUCAUGGUGUGAAAAUUCAUAAACUCACCAGGCAAAUAUUUACUAUUCCUCCCUCAACACAAAAUGAUUCAUCUUAUUUUAUAGUCAAUAACCCAAGUCUCCCAGCAAAUGUGAAUUCUUCAAUUUUGCCUUCUGGGAAUCAUUUAAAGAUUCCAGUCCAUGCUGAAGUGAAAUCUGUCCUUGCAUCAUCCUUGCCUCCUUUGGUUCAGCAAAAGAUACUUGGAACUGCAACCACAAGUCCCUCAGGAACAGCUGUGGUCUCCCACAUACCUGUGCGUCCUGUAAACUCAGUGAAAUUUAUUGUUACCAAGAGAACUCAGAUUAUUUACCCCAAACCAGUGACAUUCAGUACCUCGCAAAUUCCACCAAAUGUUGCUACAGAAACACAAUUAAAAGGUGGUCAGCAUCCUCAAGCUGCUCCAGUGAACUCGAUUUUUCAGGAGUAUCUACGGCCUGGAAUUCCAUGUCUUGUUCCUGUUAAGUCUUCAAAUAAUGUGGCUACAAAGGUUUUAAACACUUUUGUGGGUAGAAAAAAUCUGGGAGAUAAUACAAUAGAUACACCUAUGUUGAGUACCAACAGUUCUAGCAGGACACAGGCCGUAAGUGAACCUAUUAAAGAUAAUGCUUUGAUAAUGUUUAAUGGGAAAGUCUGGUUGAAUAAAAAGGGGACAUACGGUCUACCAUCAAAAAUUGACCAGCAGAAUUCUGUUUCUUCUGAUAUUCCACUAAAAGAUUCAUCACAGGUAGUAAGUUCAGGUAGAGUCACAGAAAUAUCCAGAGAGGUUUUAAAUAGUGUUUUGUUUAAAAGUAAAUCUUUUCAGUUGAAGACAAAAUCACUUUCACAUUCCCAGCUUGCUUCCAUGGCCAGUCUAAGAGCAGAGAAGAAUGAAAAAGUGGAGAGACCAUCUUUUUCUGUCACAAAUCCACAUACUAGGAACCAGUCCACUCAUUGCCUUAAACAGAGUAAGACUGUAUUUAUAAACCCAGUUUCUCCAGAUGGAUUUAGGACAGGACAGAAUGCCCCCAGAAAAGGAAAUCUCGUCCAGAACAUAGAGAAAAUAUGUUCCUCUGUUGAUGCAGCAACUGUUACUUCUCAACAGUGUGUUUUCAGAGACCAAGAAUCACAGACCCAAUAUGAGAUGGCAUCAGUAAUAAAAAAGGAAAUUCAAGAAAGAAGUGACAAGAAAUAUUCUCAAGGAAGCCAUACUAAUAUUAAGGCAUCAUGUCUGAAGAACGAUACUGAAUUUAAAAAGAUAUUUGGUCUCACUAAAGAUUUGAGAGUAUGUCUUACUCGAAUUCCUGACCAUCUGGGCUCUGGAAAAGGUUUUAAUUUCUUUAACAGUUUGGUGAAAAGUAGUUCUUACAAAGAUGCAAACUUUGUGGUGAAGGAAGAAGAAAAACAGAGUUUCUCUAAGAAAAGAAAAGCGGAAACCUUGAAGAAGAUGGGUAAAACAAAAAAGAGAAAAAUUGAGAACGCUGAUGACACAGUCAUGAACGUCAUGAAUGGAACUGAUGUUGCUAGUUCCCAACUCCUUAGUAGUAUUUUACCAACAUCAGAUAUAUCACAACCUAACAUUGUCACAAGCCAUAGUACAACCGGGGAAGACAAGAGAACUGAGGCAGAACACUGUUCUCAUGAGAAGCAGGAAAAAGGCACGUUAAGUUCAAGCACAUCUUGUGAACAAAGUACUUUUUUUAAUAGAAGCUUUACUGAAGAUAUUUUUCCAGUGACACCACCAGAACUAGAAGAAACCAUCAGAGAUGAAAAAAUAAGAAGACUUAAGCAAAUUCUAAGAGAAAAAGAGGCAGCUCUUGAAGAAUUGCGUAAGAAGAUGUACCAAAAACAAUAAAAUGUCUAUGGAUAAAGGACUUACAUUAUUACAGUAGUUCUCGCCUACCUGUCAGGGAUCCCCACUGGAUGCCUGAAACUGGAGAUGAUACCAAAUCUUGUAUAAAACCACUGUAAAGUCAUGACAUUUGUUAACAACUAAAUGUCUGCUUAGAUAUAACAAACAAGUUAUAUAAAUAUACUGAAUGAAGAGGAUAAUCUAUAUCCUUAACAGAAAACUGGAAUUUUUGUCCCACAACUCGGAAAGUAAUUUAAAAGUUACAAAUUCAUUCUUUCUGGAGUUUUUCAUCUAUACUUAGACACCUGUAUAUGAUGGGGAACUAAAAAGUAACUGCAAGUUAUAAGGGGCUACUCUGUUACUUGUAAAGGCUCUAUGAAAGUGUCUUUGUAUAUGAAAAAAGUUCUAAAAAGGGUUGAGUCAUGACUUGUACUUGUUUUGGAAGAAAAGUUGGGUAUUUUUCUGUGAAAUGCAAUUCUCCAAGUUGAGCAGUUUUGUAUAGGGUUUCUGUUAAAUGUUUUAAAUUCCUCAGGUCUUACCCUAAGAAUAUUGUGUAUAAAUUCUACAAUCCAAGGUAUAAAGUCAGCUGUAAGCAUAACUUUACCACUGAGUUUAAUGUGGACGGUCUUGGUCUUCUUACUCCUAAAAAUGAUAUGAUCUAUUUGAUAUUGUUAUUUUUAUUUCAUCAAUAAAAUCUAUU